AUGGCCGUACGCAUCUUGUUCUCCUUCGACAAGAGACCUCGUUCCAUACAGAUACAAGAAGAUCUUUUCCCACAGCAUCGGGAAGUCGAGUUUGUGGAUGUCGAUGUCGACGUUAGCCUUGCGAGUGGAGAUGAAGUCUCACUUGAAAAUACAGGGUCGGAUGCAGAAAGCUCGGUUCAUGGCGAUGAGGAAUAUAUCGAAGACGGGGAUUCAGUAACAAUGAGUGGGGAUGAAAACUCUGAAGCACCAUCAGCCGAACCGAUACGCGCUGUCGUCCCGCCCGUGGACGAAGAGGGGAAUCCACUAUCUUUUGCGAUAGAUACGAGAUGGGCCGCUAAGCUAUUGACGUCCAGCAAAGUGCUGGACAGCAGCAAAGAGUCGUUGUCGAAGAGCCCCCGCAAGGACCACGGAAUGACGACAGAGACGCUCAAGAUCACUAAGGCUGUCACUACCACAACAGAGAAUCGAACGACUUUAGAAGUCUACACUCUCCCUGGUCCGGAGAAUAGUGCGCUCUCUCCCAGCAUCGGGAUCCGGUGGUUCCAUCUAUAUGGAGCGGCCCUAGACUGGAACCAGUUCAAGACCACUUGCAUGACAAUACCGGAUGUUUCUGAGCGUACCCGAUACCUAAUCGCUAAGACGCUGCAUAAGAUCGAGAAGGAAUAUGUCAAGGCCUUCCUAGGCGGCUUGUUUAUCGAACCAGGAACAGUCGUGCGUGGCGAUGAAUGCAAUCAAACAGACCCUCAAUCUGUGAUCUUCUCUUGUAUACCGUAUUUCGACAUACAGAAACCGCAGAGCAACAGCUCAAAUAGCGAUCGUCUACACCCCCCACGGACCCUUAUACAGUCUUACUAUCCUUAUGAGCCAGUAAGGGAUCGAGACGAGGAACAAGCUUAUAUAAGCAUUGGAAAUGCGCGAGAAGGUGGUUUGAUACACGUCCCGGCGUUAUGGAUGCUGAAUGUCGAUGGCAGAGCAGUGAUCACUUGCGGUUAUAGUCCACUUUCGAGCGAUUUCACCAAAUCCAUUAAGGUGCUUCAGGAGGACCUCAAGCAGCUUGGCGCCGGCACAAAGAACUCAAUAACCUCGGUUCGAUUUAGUGUUCCGGACGGACGUGUACUACUAUACUCACCUCAGGAAUGCGGUACCUAUUUUCAAGCGGAACAGAGGAUCAGAGAGCUGCGACGGUUUAGCCGUGAGUCGUGGUCCGCAGGAGCCGUUCAAAUACUCUUGCAACACCAGGGAGACAGGAUUAAAGCUACUCCAGCAAAUUGGCCAGCUGUAGUUCGCCAACAGCACGUCAUUUUCAUCGACCUUGUCUUGGUAAAGGACGUUCCGGAGAACGUGUCUGAUACACUUCCUCCGGCUCUUCUUGAUGCGGCAAUGACCCAUGGCUCGGUACCGCCAUUCUAUCACUGGCCUUCUGCGCUGAGUAAGGAUCAGAUGCGCUCGUUGUCUCUCCCUGUGGGCAUCGAACACGCAACGAAAUGCCUUCAAAGGGUGGAGGCUGCUAUGGUGAACGCAAUAUUAUCAGAAACUGCGGCGAAUGGCCCGGUAGAGCAGACCUUCACUUCGACAAAAUACUACGAAACCCUACGCGAAAGCACUUUCGAAGAGGUCGAGAAGAAUAUAACUUUACAGAUCCAAAGGACGGACGCUGAGUCCAAUCGAUCUCAUUGCUCGCACCAUCAAAUCAUCGUGCGCGAUCAGUCCUCGAAGUUACCUAGCAAAGCCCACGAGUUCUUCAAGGUUGUGCAUGAUACUCUCGGCUUAUUCUUCGGGGAUGUCAACAAGCCUAUAUUGAUGCAGAAAGUUUGGGGAGCAACUGCCAACAUUGCAGCAGCCGUAGAAAGGCUGAGAGAACAUUCAGCCUAUGAGCCAGACCCCAAAGAAUAUACCGAUCCUGGCUGGAAAACACCCAAAACUAACACACGUGCAUGGAGAAUUCGCACGCCUUCCAUGUCUUACACUUAUGCUAAUGCGGAUGCAACGAAGUUCAAGCUUCCACUUCCUGAGGAUGACAAGGAGUUCGGCAGCAGUUUGAAAAGAUGCAAACGAUGCGCGCGAGAAGCACCGUUCGACGACCCUAACGCGGCCCUGAAACACCUACGUAAGCAUGCUGCAGCUGAGGCUAGCAAGCAAGGCGAUUCGAACUCUAGCUCCUUCUUAAAAGACAACGAGACCUGGAAGGGCUGGAUCCGUAACGACGAUCAAGCUUUGCUCGAAUCGACCAUGGCUGGCGCCUGUGCAGUUCUAGACCGCGCCAUCGUAGAAGCAGGCAAAAUCUUCGAGCACCUCAAGGAGCUUGUCGAUGGUGUGCGAGACGAAGAAGGCAAUCUCUCCGAUCUCUAUUCAUUUCCGCGGAAGCUGCUCGAGACAUUACAUCGCCUUGUUGUGUUCUACUUCUCCGUCGAGCGGAGCCUACACUAUACAGAGGAAUAUUUUGAUGAGACCAAACGAGGAGGCUAUCAGGAGGACUAUCCUUACAGUGACCCUGGCCUUGAGGUUCUAAGCAACUUCCAUGACAGCGUAGAGUCGUCAGUGCUGCAAGCGCGAGAAGAGCUGUGCGAAAUGGUGCGCUCACCUACGACGAAUGAUGCCACAGAGAGAAUGUCGUGGGGUGCUGAGUCGAUCUCAAGUUGGCUCAUAAGACGGCUGAUCGUCAAGCCUUUAGAGAAGAGCAUGACUGUUGGUGACAUGUAUCGCGAGUACCUGUCAACGCUGCAAUUCCAAGUGAAUCACAGGCCUUCGAAACGUCUUUUACGUUCCAUCAAUCUCCUGCAGGAAGAACUUACAAUCCUCGCCCAAGUCAAUGACUGGCAAACCCGACUCGUCAACAACUACAUGUCUGUUCUGGAUGAUGCCAGUUACCCGAUUGACGUCCCUUCUCGUCGCGCUCUGUAUCCGUACGAACGCCUCCUGCUGAACUCUUGCCUGGAUAAUCUCGCUCUCACGCGUGAAGAAUACGAAGAUCAAAUCCGCCGGUGUGGACCUCUAUCCAACAGCACCAAGCAAAGCGCUGAGAUCAACGAGGAAGAUCACGGCAAAGCCAUUCUCGUCUUCACUGUGGUAACCGUCAUCUUCCUUCCUCUAUCCUUUGUGACCUCAUAUCUCGGCAUGAAUACUAGCGACAUCAGGGACAUGGAAAACAAGCAGGGUUUAUUUUGGGAGAUUGCUCUCCCGCUCACCGUUAGCAUCAUGGCCAUUAUGCUAGCGAUAGCGUAUAAUGGUGACGAGAUCCGCGACUUCACCUCUUCCAUCUACCGAUCCUUGACCGGAAAGCAGGACCGCCGUCUCUCGGCGCGCGGGAUUAGCGUGCUACAAAGGAGACGCGCGGCGAAGAACCCAACAGACUCCUCGAGCACACUUUCUAUGGCUGAUGAUGCGGAGUAUGCAGCACCGAAAGCAAAGCCGGACUACAACGACACCUGGUACUCCAACGCGUGGGACCGUUCCAGAAAGACAAGGCAAGGCCUCGUCACGGAGAACUGGGGCGUUGGCGAUGAUAGUGCGGAGCUACGGCUGGAUAUUGCGCGGCGAUCUUCUGCACGCAAGCCUGCUUUCCCGUCGUCAAUACAAACAAUCGAAAUGCCUGCCGCCGUACCAUACUCGUACACAGAAACCAAAAUUUUGCCUGAUCUUAGAUCGAAGCCUGAAUCUCCACCGCCACCACCACCUGCAGUCAUGAGGAGGCAGAACAAGCUAAUACAAACGGCCAUGUCCCGUCCCCGUCCCCGUCCCUUAAGAUAUGAUGUUCCUCCACCGCCUCCCGACAGACCUACAUACAUGCGGAUCCACAAGAAGUAUAUCGUACCCUCGGUCCUCGACGACGCUUAUCUACCUUGGGACUACGAUGACAGCGAUCCAAACUACAUAAUCAUCAGGCAGUAUCUGGAGCACUGGGAAACGGAUAGGCUGUUCGAACAGAGCAAGGAGUUAAUGGAAGGAAGGGGCUCACGUACCAAUGCACAGCACCAACCUAGGCCGGGUGGAAGCGAGUACGUCUGGAGAAGCAAGAAAAACAUGAGGCGAAGGACGAGAGCAAGAAAGAGGUGGGGUGAUGAGGGUGAUGACGAGUGGUACGCAUGA